AACAGUGCGCGGGGCAAACCUAGUGUGCGUUACCUCUGUCCGAAACGUUCUGUCUGAACGUAGAUAUACAGUGAUGUGUUGUUUAUAUACAAAGGACAACUAUUACCACGUAUAAAUGAGUGCGAAAAAACCAAAGCUGCCUGGUUUAAACAUUCGUGGUAGCUCAAGUAGACACGACUGGGAUUCUGUCGGAACAAUCAAGUUUUUCACUGACAAAGAUGGUGAUAUUAGUGGUUUAGAUGAAGCAAUGAGAACUAUUAGUAUGGGUACUCGGCAGUCUGGAGAAGCGAAUGUGCAUUCACCAUCCUCACAUACAAGCGACAAAGAUUCCACAUCAUAUACUGGAUAUAUUGAUGAGUUUAUUGGGCAAAACAAAUUAGAUGUUGAAAUUGCUGUUGAAGCAACAAGCAUUUCUGAAUCAGUUAGUCCCACGGAUCUGACUGAUUCAACUGAGUCGGCUAAAGAAACUCAUGGUUAUAUGAAUGAAUCAAGUUUUAGUCAACAGACAAAUGAAUCUCUUGGUGUUUUCUCAUUCAAUAACGAUCUAAAUACGAACUCAAAUGUUCUUCCGAAUUCUAUCGAUGUUUUCAGGACUAAUGACAGACAUAACUCACUGGACUUAGAUGACUCAAAGGAUAUAUCAUCGUCCGCCGGUAGUCAUGUUGUUCAUUCAUUAAAAUCAAAUGUAGAUGGUAAUUCAUUAAAAACUGUAUUGUUAGAUGAAGAUUUGAAUGUUCACUUACAUUCAAAUGUUUUACCUAAUUUGACUCCAGAUUGUACAACAACAACAACACCGUCUAACAUUUUGGUUAAUCCAUCUAGAAUCAACACUUUGUCGUUUAAUACAUCCAGUAAUCCAGUCAACUCUGUUAUGGGUAAUCAACAUGAUACUCAUGUUCCUAUUUCUAAUGAUUCAAUUAAACCACCAAUAAAUGUCAAUAUUGAUAAAACGAGGAACGUUUCCGAUCCUACGCCACCAUGUUUAUCAUCAUCAAAACUGAAAAUGAAUUCAUCACCACCAACAUCUACACUUGCAAUUGAUAGCAACGAUCAAAUUUUUAAUAAAGUUACUGAACCAACUUGUAUACCCAUUUCUACACCAAAUACUAGAAAUUCCGCAUCCAUUUCUCGUGCUCCUCUUCUUCAUUCUUCUCCUUCUCCGAUAACAAAUACUUUAUCGGAAAAUCCUCAAAUCAGACAACGUAAUGUUACUACGAUUACUACUGCUACUACUACUAAUACCACUAUCACAAUUGAUAGCAAUAUUAUACCAGGUGCUACUGGUUCAAAGGUGCUCAGAUCAAAAUCACAUCGUCUAUCAGUGGUUAAAAAAUCUCAUCCAUGGAUGCGUUAUACAUUUUGUUCACUGACAGUAUUUUUGAUUUAUUGGCUUUUUAAUGGUUUUCUAUUGGGUCUAACUGUUGGUUGUAUACUAACAUAUACAUUCGUUACAGUGUAUAAUUAUUUGCAUAGUCGUACAAACUAUUCUAAUCAAAUUCUCUGUCCAAUAUCAGGAUUGCCAUUAGAUCACUUAUGCUGUUCACUGCAUUAUCGACAAGAACAAGAGGGCCAGUAUCAAGGUUCACAAUGGUGGCCAAUCUAUUCACCUGCUAUGCCAAAUUUAACUUCUAUUUUAACUAACAACGCGAACAGUACUAAUAAAUGUAUGCAGUUAAGAAAUUUGCCUAAUUUCACUGUACCAAAUAUGCUUGAAGAAGAUGUUAGCAAAUCAACUAUCUCAGGUCCAUUGGGAAAUAGUUUAGGUUUUAAAUAUGACAAUAAUGGACGGCCCGUAUACAAAGGAUGGUUAAAUGAGAUUAUUCAUUAUGAUCCUGAAACUCAUCAUAUUGGCAAAACAUUUUCUGUCUUCCUCACGCUUGAUGGUACACAAUUACGCCUACAACGCCCAGAACAUAAUAUUACUCGUAGAUCUUUAUGGAAUGAUGAAAUCCCAUCAACUACAACUAUGCGAUUCAAACAACAGCAUAUUUAUGAUUUAACUAAUGCAACUGUUACACUCCUUCCAUGUGGCUUAGUCGGCAAACGUCUAUGGAGUAGAAAAUAUCCUAUUUGUAUCACCGUCUACACUGAAGGUAGAUUCAAGCGCAAAACUGAAAGACUUGAUUCACUACCAUCAUCGACGAGCUUUCCAAAUAUCAUAUUAUCUACUAGCUCUAAUAUAGCAGUGAAUGAAUCCUCUGACUUGACCAUGGAUACCUCUAUUCCCUCAGCUGGAGAUAUGGAGUUCCCUGAUGAUACUAGUAUCAAUGUAUUGCAAACUUCAAGCAAAUCAAAUAUGAAAAAUUUAUAUUUGUUUGGAAGAACAUGUCGCGAAAAAGAAACAUGGUACCGUAGACUGAAAGCUGCCUCAUUGGGCACACCUCUUAUAUGGACACCUCAGAUGGCUGUACAACAUUAUCUUUUGGCAUCAGAUAUUAAUAAUAGUAAUAAUAACGUUGGUUUACCGGAUUAUUUAAGUGGUACUGCCACAGCAUCUUCUAAUAUCAUUUCUAAUCACAACGACAGCACAUUGAGUGACGAUGAGAGUCAACCUGAUGGAAAUACAUUAUCGAAUCUGACAACAUGUUCUGAUUCAGCUGCCAGUAUCGCUAAUACUGAUGUUGUUACCACUAUUACUACUACUAUUAGUAGUAAUAAUAGCAAUAGUACUCCCACUGGUUUAAGCAGUACAACCAAUACUAAUAGCACUUAUUCAUCCAGCAUAAAUCUUUCAAAUUAUGGCGCUUCAAUACCUGGGAAUCGUGAACCAGUCUAUGUUUCAUAUGUCCGAUAUAUGGCUAAAUUUAUGCCCGCCAAUUGGCUUGUACGAAGUGCACAAGCAUUAAAAUUAAAUGUUAAUCAAAUUAAUUGUGAUACAAAUAUGAUAUGGCUUAAUGCAUUAAUUGGUCGUUUGCUAUGGGAUUUUCUUCGUGAACCUUAUUGGUUAGAAAAGAUAAAAAAUAAGAUUCAAGCAAAGUUGAAAAAAAUACAUCUUCCAAAUUUCAUCAAUGAACUCACUGUCGUUGAUAUUGAUUUGGGCUCAGAAAUACCUGUACUAAGACGUAUCGGAUGUCCUUAUCUGGAUGCACAUGGUCUAUGGAUUGAAGUGGAUGUUGGUUAUGCUGGAGGGUUCUCAUUUGCUUUGGAAACAAGUGUUAAUUUGAUGCGGUGGAAUCAAAAACUUCGUGAAGAAAAAGAUAUUACCUAUUCAUCAGAUAAUUUUGCUCAAAACUCACUAUCCAAUGAAUCUCUACCGAAAGUUCAUUCUCGUUCAAUAACAAAAAUGGCCGCUUACCUAUCUGAUGAAGAGGACAGUGCUGAUUCAACAACUGACUCUGAAUUAGAUGAAACAACUAAUAUUAGUCAAAAUUCCAGUCCAAUAAAUAGUUUACGACCUGGGCGUAACUUACCAUCCACAGGACUAAUCAUAGGUGGAAUGAAAUCCGGUGAUAAUGAACGUGUAAACCCUGAAGACAACAGUCCAGUAAAUUUACAGCCUGUCUUACCGUCUCGUCGAAGGAUUAUACGUAUUGUCGAUCGCAUCACCAAAUCCUCAUAUUUUCAAAGAGCCGUUGAUACAAAACUAGUUCAGCGUGGUAUGGAACGUUUGUCAAACACACCAAUUGUAUUACAAGUUGAGAUACAAAUGUUAAGUGGUACGCUUUUAGUCAAUAUCCCUCCACCGCCCAGUGAUCGUCUGUGGUAUGGUUUUCGUCCUGUACCUAAUAUACGACUUAAAGCACGUCCUCGUGUUGGAGAAAAAGUUGUUACAAUGUCACGUAUAUUGGAAUGGAUUGAAAAAAAAAUGAUUCUUGAAUUCCAGGUGAUAAAAUUUAUUUAGGCGUAUUUUUCGUUCAGAGGUCAUUGUUUAUCUCCUAGUAUCAGAUUGUGUUCAUUACUUGUUAUUUUCGACCGAAUAUUUUAUUCAUUUAUCCUAUCCUGAUCAGUAAUUAUGGGUAAACACCAAAAGAAUUAUGUUGAAUGUAAAAUCGCUGUCUAGCGGUGGAGUGUUAAAGAGCACAGUAUAGUAAAUUGUUCGCAUCUACUGUUUCAUGUUUGUUUUGAAUGUAGGUUUUUUGAACAAUAUUUUGUGAUAUCGGCUUUUGAAUAUUCGUGGUAGAACUCCUUUAUCCAUCUCUUAGCUUUUAGCAGCUUUUUUUUAACGUGUCGAAACACUCAGCUCACUCGUUUGAAUGUUCCCCCCCCCGAAGUGUAUGAUUUUAGGCCUUCGUGAAUGAGUAGUCGGCUAAUUUUACUGUACAAUAAAGUGUUGGGAUAAGCGUACCUGAAACUUCGAGUAGACAUUGUUUAUAGCAAAUUAGUACGUCCCACUAAUUGAUUCUGUGAAACAUAAGUCAACGACGUAGCAGCCGGUACAAAUAUUCAUCAGUACAGAUCUUAAGGAUUCAGUUUUAGUCUCCGUUAGUUUCUAUCAACAAUUAACUCACGAUUUUAUUUAUUUAAACAUAAACACUGGUACAAAGAGGCACCAUAAUAUAUAUGCACUACACAAAGAAGUUAUUGAAUUCGAGUUUGGACUCCGGUGCUGCUGAGGCAGGCAGCUUUCUUAUGAAGCCACUCCGAGCGUUUAAUUCAGAGGUCCAAUUCAUCUAACAAUGGAACAACGAUAAGAGAUGCAGUUCUUUGCUAGCCGGUCACCAACAUUAGGUUCAUACGCUUUUUGCUCCCUCGAGAUUCCUGGAGCCCACGUGCUGCAUCGUUGGUUCGGAAUUCACGGUUUUCUAACUCCCCUAGAUGGAUGUUCGUAUCCACCAACCCGAUUUGGCAUUCGCUUUUCUUGCUCUUAAUUUCGAAAAUAACACCCCUGCUUUGAGAAAGCAGUGGCCAUAUGAGAGUAUCCUGUGAGGUAGAGCAGAGGAGGGGCUACAGGAAGUAACGCGAUUCUAUAUAGAUAAAAUGUCCAUUUUUAUAUUUGUUACAUAAAGCGUCUAUCAAGCAUUCACUUCAGUUAAAUUAGUUAUACUGUUGAAUAUAUCCUAAACUUGGUAGAAAUAUUAGCAAAAAAUUAAAAUAUUUGUAAUUACUUGAAUAUAAAAAAAUUACUGGAAAACUCAAAUAAGAACUUUCACUUAUUCAGGUAUGAUUGUUGACUACAUAUUCACAACCCAUCUGUCUUUUUUUGUUGCCUAAUAGCAUUUAGUUGUUUUGCCGAAUAUGGAUGAUUUGAAAGUUGGGCUACUUUUAUCCGAUGCUACAUCAGCAACAUAAAUAAUCUGACACCAAUUAUAUUCAAUGAUAUCAAAACGGCUGAAGGAUUAGCUUUUAAUGAUCCCUAAUCACUAUUACAAAGGGCUUCGAUGAAAACUGAUGUAAUCUUAUCAUUCCUUGUCUUUUGCUUUUUCUGUUGCAUACUUUGUCAGUAUACUGUAUUUUAUACAAAUGUAUUCAUGCUAUCUUAUAUAUUUUAGCUUAUUAAAUUCAAAUUAAUCUAAACGUGAUUUCUUUUUGUCAUAUUUUCUAUCCUCUCAUUUUUUCGUAAAUGUUCACAUUUAUUUGUCGCAGUGAAUAUGAAAUGAAGCAUACAUAACCAAUAAUUUCUAUUGGGAACAAUUUAGUGUUGCCUCUUUUUGAUAUCUUGGGCAAUUCUAACUGUAAUCAGCAGUUGAUUUCCGUUUUAUACAGUUUUUGCGUUGUAUCGAAAACUAUGAUGGAUGAAGACUGGAUAUUAUAUAUAUAUAUACUCCAAUUGUUGAAUAUUUAUUCUUCACAGAAUGUAUUGACACUUUUGUUAAGUGGAUUUAAUACUUACAAUAUAUUGAAAAUGGGAACUUUUCUCUCACUUCAUCUGUGGUUAGCAAUUUUAUUACUAUUCUUCUGUUUCUAUUUACCCAACUUUUUUUUCUUUUGAGUGCUUUGAAGAAAUAGACUUGACUAUUGUUCUC